AAACACAAAGCACUCCUUUCCGCCAUUGCCCUAGAGGAGAAGACUCCAGUCUUCCACUGAGAAUCCAGAAUUCUUCGUCGUCGGAGUUGAUUUAAGUUAACAUGGAUUUUGACGAAUACGAGUACCUGGAGAGAACGGUUGAGCAUCCUGAACGUGAAAAAGUAAAGGAAACUGCUAAUGGUGGUGAUGGAGGUGGGAAAUCUGAAGAGAAGGAGCAUAGUAGCCGGAGUUCAAAGCAUGGGAAUCACAAGAAAGAUAAUGAUUAUGAUGAGUCCCGUCAUUCCAGGCGCUCAAAAUCUGGAGAUGAAUCACAUGAACGUGACCGGCGGAAGGAGAGAGGCUCCCCUCAUCAUCGGUCAAGAUCAAGAGAUGGCGAGAGGGAUAGAUACAGGAGUGGCAGGGAGCAUAGAGAUCAAGAGAGGAGUAGGGAUAAGGAGGAGAGAAAUGGGAAGCACAGAGAUAGGGAUCGAUACCAAAAUAGGAAAGAUCAUGUUCAUGACCUUGAGAAGGACGAGGGAAAGGAGAGAGAGCGAUGGAGAGGUAGGAAUCAAUUUGAAGGACAUCGAAGUGAUCGAGACAAGAGGGACAGAGAGAGGAAUCAGUACAAGGAGUUUAGAGAAAGAGAUAGGGAGAGAGACUUUCGGGAACCUGACAGAGAAAACAGGAGGCAAAAAGAGAAAAAGGAAGAAGCAUCAGAGCCUGAGGCUGAUCCUGAAAGGGAUCAGAGGACGGUAUUUGCUUAUCAGUUAUCAUUGAAGGCAAGUGAAAGAGAUAUAUACGAGUUCUUCUCCAGGGCUGGCAAGGUGCGAGACGUACGCCUCAUAAUGGAUAGAAUUACAAGACGUUCCAAGGGCGUUGGGUAUAUUGAGUUCUAUGAUGUGAUGUCAGUCCCUAUGGCAAUAGCACUCUCUGGGCAGCCUCUUCUUGGUCAACCUGUCAUGGUGAAACCAUCAGAAGCUGAAAAGAAUCUUGUGCAGUCAACUGCAUCUGCUGCUGGAGGAUCAGGUGGACAAUUAGGACCAUAUUCUGGUGGUGCUAGAAAGUUGUAUGUUGGUAACCUUCAUAACAGCAUAACGGAAGAUCAAAUUCGCCUGGUUUUUGAAGCCUUUGGUACUGUGGAGCUGGUGCAAUUGCCCCUAGAUGAAGCUGGACACUGCAAAGGUUAUUGUUUUGUCCAGUUUGCACGUCUUGAAGAUGCAAGGAGUGCACUGACCAUGAACGGGGAGGUGCAGAUUGCAGGUCGGCCGAUUAAGGUGUCAUCUGUUACUGACCAAGCUGGAAUGCAUGAUGUUGGCACAAAUAAUGGUGAUCUUGACGAUGAUGAAGGCGGUGGCUUGCAUCUGAAUUCACAUUCUCGAGCGCUUCUCAUGCAAAAGUUGGACCGAAGUGGCACUACAUCAAGUAUUCCUGGUUUAUCCAGCACUCCUGUUAUGAGUAGCUCCAUACCAACAGCCGCAAUUCUUGGUGCCACACCUGGGGUACCUCCCUUGGUUCCUCCAACUUUACAGGCUUCUGUUCCUGUUAUGUCUGGACUUCCAGCUGCAGGUUUCCAACUUCCUGCAACUAAUGUUCCUACUAUUGAUGCAAUUGGAGUCCCAAGCGAAUGUCUGUUGUUGAAGAAUAUGUUUGAUCCAAAACUAGAGACGGAACCAAAUUUUGAUUUGGAUAUUAGAGAAGAUGUCCAAGAAGAAUGUUCGAAGUUUGGAAAUCUGAAGCAUAUUCAUGUAGACAAGGAAAGUGAUGGUUUUGUGUACUUGAGAUUUGAAAACACACAAUCUGCACUAAGUGCUCAACGCAGUCUCAGUGGAAGAUGGUUUGCUGGGAAGAUGAUCACGGCAACAUUCAUGGUGCCCCAAACAUACGAGUCCAAAUUUCCCGACAGCAAUAGAGAAUAGGUCAUUCUGCUUACGAGGUAGGUCCAAUGCUUUUUUUUUUUUUUAAUUGGCAAAUUUGUUAGCCUUUUUGGCUAUUUUAGGGAUUUGAACUCAACCUUGCUUUAGAAUUAAGACAUUGAAAAAGUAAACACCAACUCAACUAAACUAUUGUUUAAGAUGUAAUAUUAGCUUAAGAAAAAAAAAAUGUUUAGGUAUUUUCAGUGAGUAUAAAUGCUACGAGUAGAUUGAUUGAAAGGAAUGUUUACAUUUAAAAGGAGAAUCAUGUACAGAGAAUCCCUUUAUAUGAAUGUCAAAAUUCUUUUCUCGAAUUAAUCGAAAGGAGAAACAUGCAUUCAUUUAUGCAUGAGUGACAUUCAAAAUCUUUAGGAAAAGGGGAUGCUCCCAGAACGUCGACUGUGCUAGUGAGAAGAAGCCAUGUGUCACAACUGCCAGGUGGAUGCAAAGUAUGGGGACGAUGAAUGCUUCGUUAAUAGAGGCGUCAAAUAAAUUACAUUAAACUAGCAAUUUGCCACUUUUUGCCUAUAAAUAACCCACAAAGGCAUCAGUUUUCCCUAGCAUAUUCAUAUUCACGUUUUAAAAUUCAAUUUCCAAAAUGGGAGACGGUUCUAGCGGUGUUUCUUCUGUAAUACAAGUGUCUGCGGCGGCUGUAGCAGUAGUGUUGGGCCUCAUAAUUUGUAAAAUAGGAAGCGGGAGUAAUAGCAAUGGAGUGGAUAUGAUGAAGGCUCCUGGCGGAGGGGGCACCUACAUACCAAGGGCGGUGUUUGAAACCAAU